AUGGGUAGGACGGAGCCCAUCUCUCUUCCACAUGAGUCCUAUCAGCCUGGAGAUUAUGUCAUUGGCGGGAUCACAUCCCAGGUUCUUCCUCUUUCUUCCAUGAAUUCUUUCCAGAUUUCUCCUUUUUCAGACCGUAUGAAUACCCAAAGAGUGAUCACAGAUUUUUACCAGGACAAUUUAGCCUUGGCAUUUGCCAUAAAUGAGAUCAAUGGGAAUCUGAAGCUUUUGUCCAAUGUCACCCUUGGAUUCUACAUUGUGGACAGCUACUGCCUUGAAAAACUGUACUAUCACAGUGUUCUGCAGCUUCUCUUCAAGUCACAGAGAUUUGUCCUCAAUUAUAACUGUGACUCCCAGAAGAAUGUGAUAGCUGUGAUUGCAGGAUUAACUUCUGAUAUCUCCUUCAAAGCGGCAGACAUCCUAACUCUUUACAGAAUUCCACAGCUUCACUUCUUCCUUCAAGGCAUUUCCUUUAACAACUCAGCAGGAGAAACUGUGUCCUUCAGUGUGGAUGGGGAAGUGGAAAGUGACCUUGACAUCACCAACCUGCUCACAUUCCCGAAUCACACUUUCCAAAGGGUGAAAGUUGGAAGGGUCAAUCCCAAGGCUGUGGGAGGAAAAAAAAUCACUCUUAAUGAGGAUGCGAUUGUGUGGCAUCGAGCUUUGAACCAGGUGGCCCCCCAUUCGGCAUGUAAUGAAUAUUGCCAACCAGGUUAUCAGAAGAAGAAGAAGGAAGGGAAGAAAUUUUGUUGUUAUGACUGUGCUCCUUGCCCAGAAGAAAAGAUUGCAGCCCAGAAGGACAUGAAUGACUGUUUCAGAUGCUCAGAAGAUCACUAUGCAAAUGAGGACCACACUCAAUGCAUCCCUAAACUGAUAACUUUUCUCUCUUAUGAAGAACCUUUAGGAAUCGGCUUAGCUUCAGCUGCUCUGGCUUUCUCCCUGACCACGGUCUUUGUGCUUGAAACAUUCAUUAAGCACAGAGAUACUCCGAUAGUCAAAGCCAACAACCGAGAUCUCUCCUACACUCUCCUUUUCUCCCUUCUGCUCUGUUUCCUCUGCUCUUUGCUCUUUCUUGGUCAACCAAGCAGAGUCACUUGUCUUCUUCGACAGCCCACUUUUGGCAUCACUUUCUCAAUGGCGAUUUCUUGUGUCUUGGCCAAGACCAUCACCGUGGUGGUGGCUUUCAUGGCUACGAGGCCAGGGUCCAACAUGAGGAAGUGGGUGGGGAAAAGAUUGGCCAACUCCAUCGUGCUCUGCUGUUUCCUCUUUCAAGCAGUUAUUUGUGUUGUGUGGAUGGCAACCUUUCCUUCAUUCCCAGAUCUGGACAAACAUUCACUCACCAAACAUAUCAUAGCAGAAUGCAAUGAAGAGCCCAUCAUCAUGUUUUCCCUUGUCUUAGGCUAUAUGGGGCUUCUGUCCAUCAUCAGUUUCAUGGUGGCCUUCCUAGCCAGGAACCUGCCUGAGAGUUUCAAUGAAGCCAAGUUCAUCACCUUCAGCAUGUUGGUGUUUUGCAGCAUUUGGUUAGCUUUUCUUCCAGCCUACCUGAGCACCAAAGGAAAAGACAAGCUAGCCGUGGAGAUCUUUUCUAUCUUAGCCUCCAGUGCUGGCUUACUCAGUUGUAUCUUUGUCCCAAAAUGUUAUAUUAUUCUGUUGAAGCCGGAGCUGAAUAGCAAAGAACAGUUGACGAAGAGAAAGAAUUAA